GUCACGGUAUAUAAGUGAAGUUCAAGGUACGCGAAGAACCAUUUGCAGUGCUCAUCUUCAAGUGUACGUUUUGCCUUUCAUAUCGGUGCUGAAGUGCUAUUUAUAGUGACGAACAAUAUCAAAAUGUAUACGCAAACUAUCGGCUGGUGUCUCUUCGGGCUGCUAUUCAGCGGAACCGUCUUAACUACGCUGGCUUAUCCCAACAGCCAACCGAUGCCCAGCUAUAGACCCAUCCGUGGUGCUCCGCCUACAUUGCAACAAGUCAAUAGCGUUGAGCAGAUGCAUCAAGAAAGGGAACGCAAAUUUGCAGAAAAACCGAACGCGAUCAAAAAGGUUGCCCUGGAUGAUCUGGAUAACGUCCAGACAAACCAAAUAUCCGAAUCGGCUGGUGGAGGAUUCUCCUGGUCCAAUUUGUUAGGUACGUCUUACCUUACGCCUUUGGUUAAUGGCAUGUUAAUGCAGAUGAUCUUCAAUCCGGGAGGUGGUGUCCCGACAGGUCCUAACAAGUCCGAAGGUCUGGAUGAUGGUGGGGUCGCACCUUCUCCAUGGGCCAACUUAAUCACCAUGGGUCUGAAAAUUCUAUCCGCCAUCCUGGGCGGUGGUGCGGCCGCUCAAAACGAGGGUAUCGACAAAGUGGACAACGGGGGCGGUUCGCCAUUACAGGGCGUACUGGCGGCAGUUGUGUCUACAAUGGUGGGCGGAAGGGACCCUCAACAAGUCAAUAUGCUCGCAAAGCAAGCCGGUGAGUUCAUCAAUAUCGUGGUAAAUCUUCUGGAUGCAUUGAAAACUUCUUUCUCGCACCGUUCAUUGGCGGCACGUAACUUGGGCCGCAAGGAUUCCGUCAGCGACGCAGCUAUAGCGGGAAUAUCCAUGAUGAAGGGUUACGCAAAAUCACUGGGCACAGACGAGAGCAACUGUAUGGCGAGAUACAUGUGCCAGGCGAAUAACGAGUGUUCUACUGAUAUAGGGCAGAGUUCUCUGUUCUGUCAUCUGGGAAGCUACGCCGCCAGCUUCGUCUUGGACAAGGCCACAGCAUCGACGACCUUCGACCUCCUCUACGAGGCAGGUCGAAGAGGAAGAUCGGGCGACAACUGCCAACAGGCCUAUCUCGAAUGCAACGAAGUGUAGAAUGCGACAAACCAUAGACUGUUCCAAACGUUUAAUGUUAACAUAAUUUAUUUUUGUAUAAAAUAUAUUUUUCAAUUAUCUAAGACCGAUCUGGUUUUUGGGCGGAGCUUUUGAAACAAUAUCUGUGAACCAUUUUUAUUUUCUUAAACGCUCCACCAAACGAUCGCCUAAGUAAUAAAAACACUCUAUUGAUGUAGAUUAAGGCAUUAUUUAUUGCUUACUUUAUAAUAAAUAUGAGCGUGUGUAUGUGAGAGGGAGUGUUCCUGGUUAUGCUGACCGAGAGGAUAAAUGAUAUGUACAGUUGGUCAUUAACUUUGUUACUUCGUAGUCUUUAGACCCUUUGUUCACAAACCUUUUGUUUUUGUUAUGACUUAAUAAAAGCACUUUUAUUAGAUUUAUUUUUUUUUGCAACGUCCUAAUAAAUAUUAUUUUAACAAUUUUAUUAAUAUUGUAUGAACUUUUCAAAAAUAUAUAAUACACAUUUCAAAAGCAAAGCAUAUAGUAUCUUGAUUUUGCAACGGUCAUGGCCCACGGAUAGUCGUGACGCGAACUUUUUGACUGUCAGCCGUCAGAUAGGUUAUCCUCUUUUCCUUU